AUGUGGCUCAAGCUCGACCCAUGUCGCCACAAACCUUAAACCCCUUCUUCUAAUGCGUUCUUCAAUCCACAAAACCCUAACUUUCUCAUCUCUUCUCCACAUAAUCACCCGUCUCAAUCCCUCCCCAAUCACUCAAUUCAACCCCAAUCCAUUACGAACCAUGAGCUCCGUGUCGCCUCAGCGCAUGUUUCAGCUCAGGCUCGACCCACUCACCGGUAACUCGGACUGGGUCGUCAUCGAAGAAGAAGAAGACCCAGUUGCAGAGAAUGCUCCGAAACCUCUCUUGGCCACGACUUCGUACCUCGACAUGCUUAAUGACUCUCGCAGGAACAGAGCCUUCCGUGAAGCCAUUGACAAGACCGUAACCAAACCUUGCCAUGUUCUCGAUAUUGGUGCUGGAACUGGCUUGUUGUCAAUGAUGGCUGCGCGGGCUAUGGGCUCUGGCGACUCAACAACGUGUUCGAGUUCUGAGGGGAGGGUCACAGCAUGUGAGUCAUAUCUUCCUAUGCUGAAGUUGAUGCGGAAAGUUUUGCAUCACAAUGGUAUGGGAAGGAAAGUACGUGUUAUCAACAAGCGGUCUGAUGAGCUAGAAGUAGGCAUGGAUAUUACUUCACGUGCGGAUGUUCUUGUCAGUGAGAUACUAGACUCAGAGCUGUUGGGCGAAGGAUUGAUUCCAACUUUACAGCAUGCACAUGACAAGCUAUUGGUGAAAAAUCCGCAAACAGUACCAUACCGAGCAACAAUCUAUGGCCAGCUGGUUGAAAGCGCAUAUUUGUGGAAGCUGCAUGAUUUAUAUAAUAAUGAAACAAAAGCAUCGGAUGACAUUCAUCUUACCCCAACGGGGAUGGAAACUAUUUUAUGCAUUAAACCUCAACAGUACUCCAUGCAUUGUGAUGCAAUAAAAGAAAAAAUUAAACUGCUUUCAGAGCCCUUCAAAAUUUUUGAAUUUGACUUUUGGAGAAGGCCAGAGAGUCAUGGGGAAGCUGACCUAUGCAUUAAGGCAAUUAAUGAUGGUACAGUUCAUGCUGUUGUCUCAUGGUGGAUACUUCAGCUUGAUUCUGAAGGGAUAAUCUUUUACUCCACCAGCCCAAAAUGGGUUUGUCACCCUUUUAACAUGAAAGACCUGCACUCAUCAUUUCCUAGUGCUGGGGAUUGGUGUGACCAUUGGAAACAAUGUGUCUGGUUCAUCCCAGGGAAAGGUUUGUCUGUAUCCAAGGAUGAAGACAUUCACUUAUAUGCUAGUCAUACUGAUAUUAGUGUUUCUUACAAUCUCAAGAAACAAGCCUGGGGAUCAGAGAUUGGGCAGCAUGACUAUUGUGCUCAAGAUUGUCAACUCUUUUUAUCACCAGAAAGAAUUGCAAUAUAUGGAAACAGCAGUUGGAGAUGUUCCAUGUUAAGAGCCAUAAAAAGUGUUUUGCAGCAAAAAAAUUGCUCCUUAUGUGUUGUUGCAGAUGACAGUCUCUUCUUAACAACUGCUGUUGCCCAUCUUUCCAAAACAUCACAUGUAAUAUCAUUGUUCCCUGGGCUGCGCGAGAAGGGUGCCCAAUAUUUACAAGCUGUUGCUGUUGCAAAUGGCUAUUCAAUGGAUCGAGUAGAAGUUCUAGAUAGGAGGAAAGUCCACUUGACUAUGCAUGAUACUCGUCAUAAAAAGGUUGACCUGUUGAUAGCAGAACCAUUCUAUUAUGGAAACGAAAACAUGCUUCCAUGGCAGAACCUCCGGUUUUGGAAGCAGCGAACUACGCUGGACCAAAUCUUAUCUAAUGAUGCACUGAUAAUGCCUUGUAAAGGAAUAUUGAAGGCCUGUGCUAUGUCCUUCCCGGACCUUUGGAAAAGCCGUCGCUCCCUAAAAGAAAUUGAAGGUUUUGACCAUUCGGUUGUCAAUGCCACUUUAGGGGCAUGUGGUGAUUUACCUGCAUCAACGGAGAGUUCCUGUCUCCCUUUUUUCAUCUGGCGGUGUGGGGAGAUUAAGGAACUUAGUGAGAGAUUUAAUGUCAUGGAAUUUGAUUUCACCAAGCCAAUAAGCCCCUGCUCUGGAAAUGCCCAGGUUAAAUUUAAAGAGCUGGGGACAUGCCAUGGCUUUGCGCUUUGGAUUGACUGGGUGAUGGAUGCUGAAAAUUCCGUUGUGCUAUCAACAGGACCAGAUCAAAGAUAUUGGAAGCAAGGACUGAAGUUCUUGACCAAGCCUGUGGCAGUCGGGAUUCACGAAUCAAGUAUAGGUGAAUGCUGUUCAGCAGAAAUUGAAGCGUCGUUCGACCCAUCAACCGGUGAACUCGUCGUUAAUUAUGCUUUCUCAUGACCCAAAUAGGCAAUAUCACGGUAUCAUAAUUUGGACUUUUUAUUUUUGGUGUCCAAAAUAUAUUUAUUUACAUUUUCAUAGCAAAACGGUAUAAUAUUGUAUCGUGAAUUUUAUUUUUAAUGCAUGUAAAAGCUCAAACUUACUAUAUUUUUGGGUUAGAGAUUUAACUCCCCAAUAGAAUUUACAAUGCAGAAUUUUCUUUUUUUCAUAA